UCUGGGGCACCACACGCCACCCGCUCGUCUCUGCUGCUUGCUCUCAUUCUUUCCCUGCUUCUCACUUUCACUCCCAUUGGUUUCACGUUCCCUUUGCCACGCAGAAAAGCUUUCAAGCUUAUCCAGCCCAGCAGCAGGGUUUAUCCUGGUUCCACCCACUGGGACUUUCCUAGCUUCCUUCUGCACAGCAAAGGGAAAAAAAGCCAGACAGAGGCAGCAGCAGGCACCCUAGGGAGCUCGGGAGCUGCGGUGCUCUUUCCCUGAGCUAGGUUUCUAUUGUAGGCGGUGCAUUCCUUGGGAGGGAGGGUGUGUGUGUGUGUCGGUGACUUCCCACACUCGGGACAGCUCUUAUUUAAUGGGGGUCUCUAUGCAGGGCAGACACAAGAAGAGAUUUUGCCCUUGCCAGUUCCCAUCCAGGAACAGCAGCAGCUUACACAUCAGGUACCGGCAUGGAACGCAUCACCGAGAUAACCCUGGAGGAGACAGCUCUUGGGACCAACCAAGUUUCCAGGAUGCACCUCAAAGGGGAUUUGAGGAGGAUACGAUGUGCAGUGGUGCUGUGCCUGCUCUCGGUGCUGGUCCUGGCACUACUCACUGCCUAUCUGCUCGUUGGGAACCUCAGAGCCCCCAGCUCCUGCGCCGGCCAGGUCACAGAAGAGAGGACCUCUCGCUUUCUGAAGCAACGGGCAGCAGCUUCUGGUACAGAUAUGCUUUCAAGCGCAGAAAAGCCAAGAGCACACCUGACAGUGAAGAGACAAGAUCUCGUCAACACCAUGGGAAACCAUCUGCCCAUUCUGCAGUGGGAAGACAAGCGAGGCUUGGCCUUCACCAAGAACAACCUGAGUUAUUCCAGCAGCGCACUGGUGAUACCUGUGUCUGGAGACUACUACGUCUACGCUCAGGUCACUUUCCGAGGGACCACCGAAAGUAAAACAAAUUCUGUCACCGAGAUCAUCACCAAAGUCACUGACAGUUACCCUGAGCCCACCCAGCUGCUGACCGGCAUAAAGACCCUCAAUGAAAAGGGAAACAACUGGUUCCAGCCCAUUUAUCUGGGCGCCGUAGUCUCCUUAGAAGUAGGAGACAAGCUCAUGGUCAACGUUAGUGACAUCAGGCUGGUGGAUUACACCAAGGAGCAUAAAACCUUCUUCGGUGCGUUUUUACUGUAGGUCCUUGGCAGCAGCUGGUGGGGGAGUCCCUUCAGGGUCCUGGUGUGACCUCGCUGGAUCUUGGCUUUGUGGGUGUGCGUCAGGGUGCGAUCUCUGUGCUGUUCUCCUCUUUCUCUACUGUCACUGCCCUGCGGUUCCCUGCAGCCUUAAAUUAAGGGGUAGGGAAAGCUAAAACCACAGGCUGAAUUGAAACAAACAACAAAAAAACAAACCAAAGGAAAAAAAGGCAAAACCAAAAAAAAAAAAAACAGAAAGAUGAAAUUCAAAUUGGAGGGAAAAAAUAUUUUUGAAAGCAAAAACUGAGAGCUCUUCAAAACUUUAUAAGCUAGGGAAGAACAGUUUAUGGCUGUGGGUGGGAAUAUUGAAUAAUGCAGCUGUGCUACAUCACCAAUUCUACCUCCAGCACCCAAUUUCCUCAACUCAAAAAGGUGUUUUGAACUUUUUCCAGCACUUCCAGUUUAGGUUUGCAUGACCCUGCUUCAGAUUCUUGGUUCUAAAAUAUAAUAACUUUUCUCCAUUUCCUUACAAAUAGAUUUGCUCAGUACUUUACACUAACAUCAAGAUCAGAUUAAUCAUUAACUGCUUAAUUAAGCCCUUUCAACUUCCCUGUAAAGUAGAUUAACAUUAUAUCUUGUGUUUUGCAGAAGCCACUUGAAAUUUUUUUCCCCAAGGAAUUGUUUACAGUUCUCUGAGUCACUGUGCAACCUCGAAACUUCAUAAACAAUUUCUAGGGAAUGCAGGCAAACACUUUCUGUUUCAACAUGCAAGUGGAAUCUCCCAGCCAGGCCCUAACAUAAGAAAAUCAGAAAAGACAAGGCAGAGAGAGAGAUACAGCAAAAUUUUCCACCCUUUUUUAAACCAACCACUGAAAUUUUGAGAGAAAAAUCUCUGCAAUAUGUUGGUUUCCAUUAGGUUUAAUACAAAGCAAGUGCAACUAAAGAAAUCUUGGUGCUUUCUAGGGAAAGGUUCUUCACCCACAGGGUAGUGGAGCCCUGGAACAGCUCCCCUGGAAAGCAGUCAUGGCUCCAAGCCUGAUAAUUCCAGAAGCAUUUGGCCAACACAAUAUGAUGUGAAUUUUGGGGUUGUCCUGUGCAGGGACAGGAGUUGGACUCAAGGGUCCUUGUGGGUCCCUUCCAACUCAGGACAUUCUGUGUUUCUAUGAUUCUUUAAAUACAUCACUAACAAUGACUCAAGUCAUGUUCUUGUAGAUUCGGACUUUACAUUCUUACUGCGAGGAGGUCUCACACCUGAGCACCUACCACCCAGCCAUUCUCAACAAUCAGGCUUAACUCUUUGCAACUUCUUCUCUUUCCUGCCUCACCUCACUGGAUUUCCUCCAGUUUCCACUUCUUGGCCAGAAGUCACAGCAAGGCCUGAUUGCUCUAAGUGCCUGAUUGACACUGUAAGUGUCAGGGACUGUAGCACUGAGGGUGAAGGAUUAUAGCUGAAGAGCUCAAGUGGACAAAGAAGUCCUCUGGUGGAGACAGCCUAGCUACAAAAGACCGUGUUUGAUAUUCCAGCCCAACCAAUGAUGAGACUAGCCUGCUUUGUCCACAGUGAGCCUCUUCCUAGCAGGAGACAAUUUAUUGCUAUGUAAAGAUCUACUUGGUCGGGCAAGGAGAAGUCAGAGCCCAGAAAAAGGCCAAGGCAGAUUGGCCAUGAAGGGAGGAGUAGAGCAGAGCAGGAGGUGGGAGAUCCGGGCAACACCAAGAUCUCUGUCUCUUCCGCAUUAAACCUAACUUAAACCUA